AUGGAUUCCUGCUCUGCUGAUGUCUGUCAAAGUACAGACGAAAGCUUAGCAAAAAUUCAUCGGGGUCGCAGGACGACCUUAUUGCCUGAGGCAGUAUCAGACACGGAAAGUGUGGAUGCCGUUUGUCCGAGCAUACUAUCGCUCCAUUUGCCGUCAUCGCCGCCGGUGCCAUCAAUCUCGAACAAAAUUACGCCUAAAAUUGAGUCGUAUUUUGACGUUUGCCCCCAUCCCAUCGCGUUACACACUGAGCCGUCUUGGCUCACAGGAGUUGUACAGCCUACGGCUGGAACUGUCUUGACCGAAUCUGCCGAUCCGACUUGCCCAACAUUCACGGCUGUCGCCCCCAAGAAUGAGGAUCCCCUCCAAAUCCAGGCCAUUCUGACGAAUCGGUCGGUUCGGCGACUUCGAGUCCGGCCUCGCCACAGGGCCAGCAUGCGUCGGCAGAUGGCCAUUCGUGAACAGACGUCCCAUGAGCCCUUCUCCUCUUUUCAGGGUGGACUCAUCUGCCAGUCGCCCUCCAGACUCGACGCCUCAGUCAUCGCCUCGACAGCCACAACAUUUGGUCGUCGAUCCGUGAAAAUAACACCGCCCGGAGGGGCAUUUUCAGAUCUGAUGUCGAUCACCUCAAGACGGCGUUGCCUUCAGACGGCCAGACCAUUGUCACGUUUGGACUCACCUCGCUCCGCGUUGCCACGUACUUCCUCUCCCAUUCCGUCGUCGACCACCUCCUCCGCUGAACUGUUGACCUCGUCACGUCAGAAGAGGCCCAGUCGGCGUCAUGUUCGCUGUACUCUGACGUGUCAACAGCUUGGGCUCGUCGUGAAUUGCACCGAUCGUGCCUCUCCAGGACCCCUCGAUCCAACACCCGGGUCCCCUAAAAAGGACAGUCUAUCCCACCGCCAGAGGUCCCGUUCUUCCGACAGGUCUGAGUAG